CUUUUCCUUCCCCACCCAGGUAUGGAACCAGGGUCUCUUGGGUCUCCUGCACUGGCACAUGGAUUCUUUACCACCAGCGCCACAUGGGACGCCCCCUAUCGCUUUUACCCACACUUAAUAAAGUGUAUAUCGCCUAACGCCCUGGAAAAGAGAGAUUACAUUUCACCUAGAGUACUCAGAUUCUCUGAUAGUAAAUGCUUCUAUUCCAGCCUCCGAAUAGCUGUAUCAGCACAUCAUAUCAGAUUACAAGGCACACGGCAAUAUUGUUAAAAAUCAUUCCAAGAACAGCCACAGGAGUCACGAAACUGACCUAAGUACCAUUGACCAGGAAGGUGCAAAGUCAAGCAGGAACGUAGUACUAGAAAGGUGCAAAGCUAGGAGCCUCAAUAAACAGCAAACAGUGACUGUCACUUCCUAGUCUGGGGGAAAGAUCUUCGUGGCAAAGCACUGUUUGAGAACGCUACACCCUUUUACUCGGCUCUGACAAAGAUUAAGUCGCCAAGCGCAGUACCAGUCAGUUCUUCCACAUGUGUUUUGUUACAGUUCUGGGCUCGAACUGCUCAGACCUAUUAUGUAAUUUCCCAAAGAACAAAAAGCAAAAAGUUCCCUUUGAACUCGCCUUCCAACUCAGGCAGGAAGUUCUUUCUCCACCUGGGCGGAGCACUUGGAAAGUUUUCAGCGUCUCAAAAAAUCUCUGCUUCCAGGGCAAGUAUCUUCCAGCUUAAAAUAAAGACUGAAGGCUAUUUCUCCCCAUCCCCCCCACAGCAGUUCCCAAACAGCUUGGCCUAGCUUUUAGUCAGACUUCCUGCACUAUCCCUUGACAUCAGGACCAAAUGUUGGCAAAGUGAGUUUAGCGCACCGGUUCGGGCCCGGAAGCUGAGGGAAAGAAAUACACAGGACGGGAACCCAGGAUUGAGGCGACGCAAACGAAAACCGCAGCUUCAAGGAGGUGCGGAGAGCGGGAAAAGAAGGCGAAGCCCCGAGGCAGUUGCCUCACCCGCGCUGGCCUAAGGAGGAGAAGCCUCCAGGCGGGUGACGGGCCCUGGCGAGACGCCACACGCGACCCUCGCGAGGCCGCGCCACUUCCGCCAGCGACUCACGCAUGCGCACCUCACGCCGCCUCGGUCCGAGACCUGGGUCGGGGUACGAUCCCUGGGCCGCGCGCCCUGCCGCCGCCCGCGGCUGUGCGCACGCACGCCGACACCUGGGCCCUAGUACCGGGCAAGAGUGUGGCCCCCGAGCCCCGCGCCCAGGCCUCGCCGGAGGACUUGCACACGCGCAGAGACGCCUAAGCAAGCGGCCCCGGGCGGGGCUCUCGCCCCAGGGGCUACUCUCACAGCUGCCGCGCCCCGAGGCCCGAACCACAUCCGCUCAGCCUCCCGGGUCGCCGUUACUGCUUGGUCGGGGGACCGGCGCAACGACCAGCUGGCGCCUCCCCCAGAAGCAGCCGGGCCUCGGCGGGAUGCGCCCGGAUGCCCGAUCGCCGAGGGAAGAGGAGGGGAGCGAACCCGAGGGGAGGGGAGGGGGCCGGGCGACGGCGCCUCGCCCCUCCUCCCCGCUGCCCCCCUGCCGCCCCCGCCCCCUUUCUCGCCUGUGAACG